AUGAUGAUGUAUUAUUUGCUCGUCUUUGGCAUUGUGCGUGGUGCUGUGCAGAAGCUCAAGAGCCUGGAGCGAUUGCGCCUUCGAAGGAUCAGUAACAAAGCUGUGUAUCGAAGUCCAUCUACUGCGCUACAAGCAACAUCCAGAGAUGAAGAGCUGCGAGAGUAUUUAUGUCUUCGGGAGUACUUCAUCCACAAAGUCCUGCUCUGGAGAUACAGCCGUCCCAGGAUCUACGCCAACCUGAAAGCCAAGCUGGGCAUUCCUCCUGAUGCUCCGGAGGCGACCUUAGAAGAGAAAGAGUUGAUCGACAAACAGAUCAAAGAGAUGAUGGACGACUGCUUUGCCUUCAGCUCUUAUCUGGCAUUGAACGUCGAGAAGGGGGUCAAAGACUCCAUCGAGCUGCAUGCUGGCACGUGGAUUGCCAUCAUCAUUCUUUUCAGCGUGCUGGCGCUGCUGUACAGGUUCGCGCAAGUGAACAUUCUCGACAUGAUGCCACUUUUCGUCGCGGUGGCACUGCUGCUGCUGUUACUCAUGGUCAUGCUGACCAAGUGGCGGCUCCGCGCCAUCCAGGACCACAGCCAGAGUUGGUUGCAGGAUGCUCUGAACUUCCCAUCGGAGUCGACAGACGGCGUACAUGCUCGCACUGUCAUCCCCAGAGUGACAACAGCAUCAGCAUCAGCAUCAAACUUCGGCACUCCGGCUGAGGAAAGUGUGAUCGGCGCCACCCUGAAGGGACGGGGCCGAUUUUCCCCUGAGAUGUACAUCAAUCGUUUCCUGCAGAUAUUCCUGUUUGUGAUCUCCUACACGUUCUCACGGUCUGUCGUCGAGUUCAACGCAUGGAAGAGGCACUUCGAGUUUACGCUUCUACUCGCUGCCGGAUUUGUGAUCCUCUACCUGCUGCUUCUGUAUCUGCUGCCAUCCUAUGUGCCUGUGUUCUUGCAGCUCAUGGCGCUUCCUCCGUUUCUAGAUGAUGACAACUUGAAAGUGUUUCUCAGCGUGCUGGACGAUGAUUUUGCAUUGAGAUAUGUUGUGCAUGACGAACACUCCAGCAGACGUCGAGCAAGCACCUCGUCUUCCCUGCAAGGAGCUUCUCCAAAUGUGGUCAGGCGUCGAGCGAGCAGCUCGUCUUCCCUGGCAGGAGUUUCUUCUUCACCAACGGCAUUUCGAUUGCCCAGGGCGGCUUCCGGUCACUUGUCGGCGCGGAAUGAUACCCUGGUCGUCGUUUCAGAGCUGGUCCGCAUCCUUGAGUCUUGUGACGACGUCCGCGAUCUUCGCGGACUGCGCGAGAUUCUGCGGCGCCAGCUGCCAGAAGAUGUCUCUCUGCCAGCACCGUCCCCGUCCCCACCCCCACCGGUGGAUGUGGAGUGCCAAGAUGGCAAUUCCACAAUGGUUAAUGGAACAGUGACGUACAGCCACAACUUGUUGCGGCGUGCUGAAAGCGCUCCUGUGUUGGUGACUCACCAGGACGACGUGCUGCUUUUCACAAAAGAGACGCUGAAAGUGCUCGUCAUGGCGGUCCAGGUGGCCUCUCUGAAUUUCUGUCGAUCGUGGAAACGCUUGCUGAUAGCCAGGAAGUCAAGAUUCAAUGGUGUGGCAACUGAAGAGCUGAUCCUGAGCUGGUUCCCAAAAGGUGUCAAGGUCGUGCAGGCCCGCGAUCCAGGAACCACUGGCAACUUCGAAAUCACUGUGAAUGGAAGGUUGGUCCAUUCCAAGAAGACGCAAAGUCAGGGCUUCUUUGAAGCAGCUCCCCAGGCCCAAAAGGAUGCGGUCAAAGCCGAGAUUGCCAAAGAAGUUGAGGUUCUCGGGGACGCAGCACCCACGUCGACGGGUGACUUCAAGGAUGGAAAAGAAACUCCAAAAGGAGGAUGCGCCAUCCAAUAA